AUGGACAAGGAAGCCUUGGCUGUGAAGAGUGGCCUCAGGACCACGUGCAAGUGCCAUGGCGUGUCAGGUUCCUGUGCCGCUGUGAAGAGUGGCCUCAGGACCACGUGCAAGUGCCAUGGAGUGUCAGGUUCCUGUGCCGUGCGCACCUGCUGGAAACAGCUCUCCCCAUUCCGUGAGACGGGCCAGGUGCUGAAGCUGCGCUAUGACUCAGCUGUCAAAGUGUCCAGUGCCACCAAUGAAGCCUUGGGUCGCCUGGAGCUGUGGGCACCUGCUAGGCCGGGCAGCCCUGCCAAGAGCCUGGCGCCCCGGCCUGGGGACCUGGUCUACAUGGAGGACUCACCCAGCUUUUGCCGGCCCAGCAAGUACUCACCUGGCACAGCGGGCCGGGUGUGCUCCCGGGAGGCCAGCUGCAGCAGCCUGUGCUGCGGGCGGGGCUAUGACACCCAGAGCCGCCUGGUGGCCUUCUCCUGCCACUGCCAGGUGCAGUGGUGCUGCUACGUGGAGUGUCAGCAGUGCGUGCAGGAGGAGCUUGUGUACACCUGCAAGCACUAGGCCUGCUGCCCAGGAGCAGCCAGGCACUGCCAGGACCUCCCGCAGUGCCUGUCCAGCUGUCCAGCUGGCCCCUCUGGGCAGGUACACACAGUGUGUGUGCACACACAGAUGUACAUGUCAAUGCACAUGAGCGUGCAGCUCACCACUUCUCCUUCCACCGUACCUCGGCCAGGCUUUUGCCUUCCUCAACACUCAGCAAUGAGAAGCAAAGCCCCACCCGUGAACCCAAGGGUCCCCAACCUUGUUGAGAACUUGGAACAGGAUGGUAGAGUAGAAAAGGAUGUGGAAGGAAAUAAGGGUGACCAGGAGGACAGCAGGACUGAGGUUUUGGAGGGAAGAAAGGGGCUAUCCCACCAUCUUGAUUGCUGGGCUGAUGGCCGAGAGCCAGCAAGCUAUUGGGUGGUGAGGUUCUGGGCCGAGACUGUGAAGGGAGGCAGUGCCAGCUGGAGGCAAAGGUGGGAGUCUGCCCAGGAAGGGUCAGUCCAGCCCUCUGGCCCUGCUCAGACUGAGUGAGCCCCUGGGGACCAUCCACCUUUGGUACUCCUGUGGCUUUGCUGUGCUAGAGAUGGGGAGAAAGCCCAGGUGAUAAGGAGCUGGGCUUCAGUGAGCCCAAGUCAAGUAGAUGCCCUAGAGCCCUAUGUCCUUGAUUCAGUUUUUCAAAUCUG